AUGGAUAUCGAUACAUCAAUCUUUCCUCUUGCUUCAAUCUCGAAAACAUUUAUUGCUACAGCCGUCAUGCAACUUGUAGAAAAAGAACUUGUUGAUCUUGAUACAGAUAUCAAUCGAUACUUAUUCGAAUCUGUUCAACGUAUUUACCAUCCAGAUUAUCCUUCUCAUUCAAUUACUCUACGUAAAUUACUUUCACAUACGGCUUCGAUCACCGUCAAACCUGAAGAACAAAACAUGCAAUAUAGACCAGAUGAUACUGCAUUCGAUGAAACAUUGGCUGAAUUUUGUCUUAAAUAUAUCAAUCCGAGUUGUUGA